AGUGUAAACUAGUGUUCCACGUGUUAAAAUACUUAAAGAUUUAGUGACCCUGUCGUCUGUAUGUUUUAUAGGUAGCUGCAAUGGAUGAAAAUUAUCGAAAAGCCUUACAAAACUUAAAUUCAUACCUAGUAAAAAAUUUAGAAUUGAGUACAGAUUUCCUAGUUAAAUUUAGAGAUACUGGAAUUAUACAGUCAAGCUGGAUUGCCAUUAUUAUGGUACAGGUGAGUCGUUUUUUUUUCAAUUUUCUACUUAAUUAUUAAACAAUUUAUUGCAAUUUAUUCUUUCUUUACUUCCUCUUCGUUCUCUCCGUUUCCCUUUCUACAUUCCUAAACAAAAUGUUCUUUCUAGACAGCGGCCAGCAAAGAAGAGAGAAACUCCAAAUUUUUAGAAUGUAUUACAAAGACAGAUAACAAUGCAUGGGAAAUAUUAAUGCAAUCCUUAACCGAUACGGAUCAAGAUGAAAUAGCUCUAAAAUUACGUCAUUCAUUAAUUGAAGUAGAGGAAGAAAAUGAAAAAGAAGAAUCAUGAACACCUUUUAUCUAUAGAGAAAAAUUCACUUUGUUUACUUUCGAAACCAAUACUGUGUAUUGGCUAGAUUGUUGUUUCGUUUCACGAGUAAUGAAUUGUAUUUUGAAACCUGUCUAUAAUAUAAAUUAUGAUUUUUAAUAAACCUGUAAUUCCUACAAUUUAUUAAAUAUUUGUUUAUUACACAAUAAUUAUUUUUUGAAGAUAUUAUCAAUAGAAACAUUUUAUUAUUCAUUUACAAUGAAGGUAAAAGACCUAUUGGAAAAGUCAUCAGGUAAUUAAUUAAAUUCAAUCGCACUCUUUUUGUCAAACAGUUGAACGCUUUUUGAAUAAUUUAAUAAAUCAGACGGUGAAUUUUCCAUCGCGUGUGCUAAAGGCCUAAAUCUCCAAGACAACACAGGGAUGCGUUUGAAAAAUUGAAGAGGUUUUCUUUUAUCCUUCAUUCUUGUAAAGAAAAGAUGAAAGGAAAGACGGUGUGAAAAAAUAAAUCUUUACUUAAUAGAGUAUAAAAUGGAAAAAUUUCCGAAGAGAACUAGGAAGAAGGAUAUUCUAACGGCGCACAAUGAGAGAAUGUUGAACGCUCAUAGAAAGAAUAGGGUUCAUGAAGAUCAUUUAAAGACUACUAUUGAGCACUUGAACUCUCAAUGUGCAAAGGCUGUUGCCAGAUUGAAUUUAGACAUUCAUAAUUACUAUCACACUGAAGCACUUUUAAGAAUGAAAGAGAGUAGAGAGACAAAAGUGGAUACUUCGCAAUCUACUACUUCUACGGCAACUUUGAGAACUUCGUGGCCAGUAUUUGAAAAAUUUAAGAAAGCUCCCGAAACAACUCGUGUAAAACUUUAUAAAAUGAAAGGUGGAGAAUUGAUUGAAAAGAAAAUAUUAACACCGGAAGAACAAAAAAUUAUGGAGGAAACGAAUUUUAUGACCAACUUGACAUUUUCAAAAACAAAUCAAUUGGAAAGUAUAAAGAAAAAGCCAAGAAUUUUAGAACAAGAGAAUAUAUCUUGUGAAAUAAAACUAGCAAACUUUGAUAUUCUCAAAGGAAAAUUUAAGCUAGAUCGCUUUGUCAGAAAAAAACGAAAAUUUACUGUAUCAAGAAUCUUAACAGCCGUAGAAGAGGAAAAGGAGAGAGGAGAAAAAGAGGAAGAAAAAGAAGAGCAACAACUUGCUGAUGAUCAUGCUAAUGAUGUUGAUGAUGGUGAUGAUGAUAAUGAUUAUGAUGUCUGUGAAGGAAGUGCAGACGGUAAGAAUGAAGAAAAAGAAAAGUAAGAAAGAGGAAAUAAACUUGACAACUACAUAGUAUUAUUCAUAAUAUUUACAUAAAUGAGUGAGUUUCUAGGAGAAUAAGACGAA